AUGAACUCUGAAGUGAUGGUAUGUCUAUGCGAUUGGUGGAUGCAUGAAUUGAGAAUGAGUGACUGGUUGGAGGGGAAUAUUGUUGGACUGAUGAAUAUGUGUGUGAAUUUCAAAAAAUGUUUACAUUUAAGUACAAGGCAACGAGCGACUGGAAGUGUGGUUCACACCCCUAUGGACCGUCUGUUGGAGAAGACAGUUGUGGAGACUUGUAGUUUGCAUUCAGCAGGUCUUUUUUCAUCUCCUUCCUAUUGA